UCUGCUCUCUUAAACCCCCUUGUCUUCACCUCUUUUUUCCCCUACUUCUCCAUGGUUUCUUUCUUUCUUUUCCACGUUUUUUUCUUCCCAAUGCUGCUGGUCAAAUCACCUUAAGCCACCGCACUUCUUAGCCACCUAGCCGCACUGUUUUAGGCAUUCAACCACCACACCUAGCCGCACCCUAAAACACCCAAUUGUCGCACCUCCUUAGCCAUUAAGUCAUCACACCAAGCCAAAAAUUUUACCGGUUUUUCACAAUUUUUUACACUCCAAAGAUGUCUCGUACUGGAAAGGGCAGUACGUCUCAAACCACUGAAUCCCGAGAUGGAUUUCAUAGCAAAGAAGCAACGAAGAGGCUUGAAUCAAUUUUUAAAAAGCAACCAAUGCUUCCAGACAAAGGGUUUGACUUGAAAAAUAUUGAUCUGACGAUGGUGUUGUCAAAAAUUCAGAAAGCUGUCAAUGCAUUAAAGUGGAAUAUGUUAUGUACGAAAAGACAACUUUAUGAGGCUGAAUUAGUUCGGGAAUUUUACUUGAAUUUGACUUCAUCAACAAAAACAGAAGUUCCUGUUCGAGGUAAAAAGAUUUUGUCUUUGAUCCAUGGAUGCCAACUUCAGAAGCCAAGCGAGAUGAAUUCAUCACACCAGAUAGAAGAGUUAAAUUCACAAAGGGUUGUGGCAAAGUGGAAACAAUUUCAGAUAGCGAGGAUUCUACCAAAUAAAUAAUAGGGAUUUCCUUUUUGAUUUCUUUCUAGGACAUGUAAGAUUUAAUUAUUUCUGUUUAUUUUUAUUUUCUUCAUAAUAAAAAUUAAAGUUGCAAUUAUGAAUAAAUUGAACAAAUUUGCAAAUAAUUUUUUUUAAG